AUGUCGUCUGUUUACGAAUCCACCAUUACCCCAGGCCACUUUAGGGUCGCAGGAAAAGAAUUCCCGAACAUCAAAUGGUGGAACAGGAAGAACCUCAGGAAUACUUACCUCCUGCUCACUCUCGCCAUCUUGACCUCCGCCACCAACGGAUACGAUGGAUCUAUGGUCAACGGUCUCCUGUCUUUGGACCAGUUCAUUGACUAUAUGCACCACCCCUCUGGUUCCAUUAAAGGUCUCUUUUCUGGAAUCAUGUCCCUAGGUUCAUUCGUUGCCCUGCCUGUCAUUCCUUACAUUGCUGAUGGAAUGGGUCGAAGAUGGGGCAUCUGCAUCGGUUCCAUCAUUAUGAUCUUGGCUGUGGUCCUCCAAAGUGCUUCCGUUAAUUUCCAAAUGUUCGUUGCCGCUCGUUUCUUCCUCGGUUUGGGCGUCGCCAUUGCCCACGGAUCUGCUCCUCUCUUGAUCACCGAGCUGUGCCACCCGCAACACCGCGCCAUCUUCACAACCGUCUAUAACACAACCUGGUAUGUCGGCUCUAUUGUAGCCGCCUGGCUCACAUAUGGCACCAACAACAUCGACAGCCAGUGGUCGUGGCGCAUUCCCUCCAUCGUCCAAGCCGCGCCUUCGAUUCUCCAGAUCACUUGCGUCUGGUUUGUUCCGGAGUCUCCACGUUGGUACAUUUCUAAGGGCCAAAAUGAAAAGGCUCUGUCUGUUCUGGCCCAUGUCCAUGCUGAAGGAGAUGCAAACGAUGAGGUCGUUCAGCUCGAAUACGAGGAGAUCAGGGAGACCAUUGCGAUUGAAAAAGAGGCUGAGCAAACCGGCUGGCUCGAGAUCUUCAAGACCAAGGGCAACCGCCACCGGUUCAUCAUCCUGGUGUCUGCUGGUUUCUUCUCGCAAUGGUCUGGCAACGGUCUCGUCUCUUACUACAUCACCGGCGUUCUCGACACCAUUGGCAUUACAGAUUCCGACAUGCAACUCAAGAUCAACGGAGUUCUCAACAUCUGGAACUGCAUUGUUGCCACAACCAUGUGCUUCUUUGUCGACAAGGUCGGUCGUCGCCCGCUCUUCUUGAUCUCCACCGCCGGCAUGUGCAUGUCGUUCGUCAUCUGGACCAUUCUAUCCGAGCGCUUCGCCGCCACACAGGUCAAGGCCAACGGCAGCGCUGUCGUGUUUAUGAUCUUCCUCUACUACACCUUCUACAACAUUGCCUGGUCUGGCCUUCUCGUCGGCUACACUGUUGAGAUCUUGCCCUACUCCAUCCGUGCCAAGGCCAUGUGCUACAUGUUCGCCUGUGUCGAUCUCGCGCUGUUCUUCAACACCUACAUCAAUCCCAUCGCGCUCGAUUCCAUCGCUUGGAAGUACUACAUUGUUUACUGCGUCUGGCUCGCUUUCGAGCUCGUGGUUGUAUACUUCUUCUACAUUGAGACUAAGAACACCCCGCUUGAGGAGAUUGCUCGUCACUUCGAUGGUGAUGCUGCUUUGGUUGGUGGAAAUGCUGCAACUGAGAAGGGUCGCAUUAUCGAGCAUGAGAUUCAUGAGAAAGAGAAGACUGCCGCUGUUACUGAGGAACGUGUUGGCUCUAUCUAG